AUGCUAAUUGACACCGGCAGCGAGCUCAACAUCAUGACAAGCGAGCAAGCUUAUGCUCUAGAACUUCCAGUCGACCCUACUGGCGCCAUGUGGACUCUUCGCGGUGUAUCUGGACACCAAGUCGCCUUAGAAGGUCUAUGUAGAGACGUACCCGUUACCAUCGGGGGAAUUGAAGUUACCCAUAACUUCUUUCUUACGCGAGAUACCCUUCAUGGAAAGGAUAUGAUUCUAGGUCAACCGUGGCUCUUCGGCCACUCUACUAAGAUCGAGUAUAUGCACGAUGUAGGAAUGGUAAUUCAAGUCUGGAACGAGGGAAACCGAGAUAGCGGAGCAUCCGUCCGCAUCAAACUUCCGAUUAUGAAUGCCCCGCGAAAUGUUUAUCCUGUUCAAGCUCGUCGUUACGCGAGAGCUGCCGCCACCACAUACGACAUUAGUACUGUGAGAUCUGGGUCAGAUCCCCAGACAUCAGAGCCGCCACAAUUCCCGAGCUGCAUUCCUUCGACAUUCACCAUGCCGCAGACAGAACUUAAAGAGCUAAGGCCUGACGGCCUCGAUCAUGUACUAGCGAACCGUAACAUGGAAGAUCUAGAAGUCCUUAAAGCGCUUAAGAAUGCUUGGAUACCUUCCAAGGCACCCCAUAGUCUGGGAUUCACGGAUUAUACUGAACAGAUGGAAUGCUUUCCAUUCCCCAUGCACGAUUCUAGUCUCAUAUACACCUCAAAUUGCCCUGAGCCGGCAACCCGAGUGACAUCUUUGACAGCACUGCCGGAGCAAAAGCUUAAAGAGCCAAGGCCUGACGGCCUUGACUAUGUUCUAGAAGGACGGGAAGCAGCCCAUGCUGAGGAUUCAAGAGCUGCUACAGGUCCCUUGGCAUUGUCUGGGUUGGAUUCCACGGGAAUUGUCGAGCACGUCGAUAUCGCUAAGGGAAUGGCUGCAGCACAAGAAUUCCCGUGCAUGCAUCAUGAGCCCGUUGUUGCAGAGUCGUCGCCUGUGAUCGCUCAGAACUCAGAGACUGGAUGUACCGUUGUCAAGCCUGGAUCAACGGGGGCAGCAAUGAUAGCUCGCAUUGCACCGAAGUCCUUCACUGGACUUGAAAUUUGUUUUCUUGCUAACUUCUUGACUGCACAAGAGAAGCCCGUUGUCCACGCCAAAGUCACUGAAGUCACACACCCGCCAGAAAGCCGCGAACGCUCCAGCGGGAGCCAUGAGGAUUACUUAUGCCGAUCCCAAGAGCUUAGCUCCAACAGUUAUGACAAUCGUGUCGGGAAUUCAGAUCUGGAGUUCCCUCCAAGCCAGCUGCGAUGGUUAGGACCGCAUAUGGUAGACAAGAGACUUCGCAGCGGCGCCCUUGUGUUGCAAGAGUUAGAUGGUGAAGAGUCAAUAAUCCGAGAACCCGUUAAGCUUUCCGAAGGUUAUGAGGAACCAGACAACGAGGCAAAUUAUGCGUCCUACGCCACUAAGCCUAGACACCUGACUCCGCCCAAGCCCUGGGAACUCAAGGGUGAGAAGUUAGCUGAGUAUUGGCGAGAGAAAUACGAGCGAAUGCGUGCCAGAACCGAGAAUCCAGACCUGAGGUUCCAUCCAAGCCAACGUGGAUAUGAACUCGAGAGGUUCAUCGAUGAGGACACACGAUUUCGGGAUUUCCGCCAUGCCACUCAGCUCAAGGAAGAUGUUGACCUGAAGACUCUCCCCCCUGGUCCCCCUGACCUGUUUUAUUGGCUAUCCUGGGGCGGGAAGGACUCUUAUAUUCUUCAAAACUCUUAUUCCACGCGAAGUGAUCCUGAGCAUAAGUUAGAAGUCAAGUUAUUAUUGGGCGGGCCGACUAUUGAGGUUAUACACUCGGACAAAAGCCCCAUGCUCGUUGCCGCUCCCACCACUGAGACCAGCGGCCCAACUAAUGGCAAAACCCCCUUGAAAAUAACGCAAUGCGAGAUCAACCAUCACCCCCUGCCUCCCUUCGAGUGCUCCAUGGGCUAUGGAAACCCUAAUGCGCCACACACACGUCGCCGUAGGAGUCGAGGACGCUAUCGACACCGCCCACCAGAACCCAGCCACGAAAGACUUCAAGAAGGCAGACGCGCCUCCCGACGAUCCCCCAUCUGGCAGCAAGAGACAGAUAGUGAGCGUGCUAUAUGUGAGCUCCAAGCCAAGUUAGACCAGUCCAUGGCGCUAGUAGACAACAAGACAGCACCUAGAAGAACGGCAUUGCCAUUCCUAGGUUCAACUCCCGUGGCGCCACCUGUCCAGAAGGUUGCACCACCCGCUGAUAGUCUCACUAGACCAAGUGAGAUGCCCGUAGCCAUAGUACCAGCGCCAAAGAUUUCACUUGCAAGGGAUUUCACGGAGAAGACCAAUGAGUGGACCCAUCGGGUUAGGGACAUAGACAAAGACUCCGUCAAGAAGUUUGUUGGCACUACGCCUGAAUUCCAACCACCCGCUGUGAUCCCCAGAGACCCCAAGGACGCACCCGCUGACGUCGAGCCAGUACUUAAGUCUCCCAGCCCCAUGGAUGAACACCCUAAGGCGGAGCAAGAUGUUAAAGGGCAAGCACGGGCCCAUAAUGAAGAGGAUUCUGCCUCAAGGAAGACCUCAGUGUCACGUAGGAGUUCUAGUCAGGAAUCCGCUGCCCCCUCCUCAUGA